AUGCUCCGUACUCUUAGGUUCUCUCUCCCCGCAACCCGCACAUUUGCUGCUGCUCAGACCUCUGCGGCGAGAUGCUUCUCAGCAUCUUCAGUAACACGAUCGGAACUGUCCUCGCUCAAUAAAUUUACCGAAGAGGAGGAGAUGCUGCGAGAUGUCGUCAGCAGGUUUGCGCGCGAGGUAGUUGCUCCGAAGGUCCGAGAGAUGGACGAGGCAGAAAAGAUGGACCCAUCUAUCGUCAAAGGCCUGUUCGAAAACGGACUCAUGGGCAUUGAAACCGAUCCAGACCACGGAGGAUCAGGGAGCUCAUUCACUUCCGCGAUCAUCGCUAUCGAAGAACUGGCCAAGAUCGACCCUAGUGUAUCGGUCUUGUGUGACGUCCACAAUACGCUUGUCAACACUAUCUUCCGUACCUAUGCCACCAAGGAGCAACAGAGCAAAUACCUUCCCCAACUUGCCGAGAAGAAGGUUGGCUCUUUCUGUCUUUCCGAGCCCGCCUCUGGAUCCGAUGCAUUUGCUUUGCAAACUCGCGCUGUGCCCUCCGAUGACGGUUCUUAUUACACACUCACCGGUUCCAAAAUGUGGAUUACCAACGCCGCCGAGGCGGAAAUCUUCCUUGUUUUUGCGACAGUCGACCCCUCCAAAGGUUACAAAGGCAUCACCUGCUUCGUAGUGCCCAAAGAGCUCGGCGUCGAAAUCGCGAAAAAGGAACAAAAGCUUGGAAUCCGGGCCAGCUCUACAUGCGUCCUCAACUUUGAUGGUAUCAAAGUUCCUGCCGAAAAUCUUAUUGGUGGACCCGACCAAAUCGGAAAGGGCUACAAGAUUGCGAUCGAGAUUCUCAACGAGGGCCGUAUCGGUAUUGCCGCACAGAUGCUUGGGCUCGCCCAAGGUGCAUUUGAUGCAACCGUACCAUACACCUAUCAGCGUAAGCAAGGAGGUCAAGCAAUUGGCACAUAUCAGGCAAUGGCCCACUCCAUGGCGGGCAUUGCUACCAAGAUCGAAGCCGCAAGGCUUUUGACAUACAAUGCCGCCAGACUUAAGGAGGAGGGUGCAAACUUCACCAAGGAGGCGGCUAUGGCCAAAUACUACGCUUCAGUUGUAGCCCAGGAGGCCUCUGGUAGCGCGAUCGAGUGGGCUGGCGGUGUUGGGUUUACCCGCGAGACUGGUAUCGAAAAGUUCUGGCGAGACUCGAAGAUUGGUGCUAUUUACGAAGGAACGAGCAACAUUCAACUCAAUACGAUCGCCAAGUUCAUCCAAAGCAAUACUCUUAGUUAUAUAUUUAGAUGA